GGUCAUAGCCUGACGUAAGAUCAAGUGGGGGGAAAGGAACUACUAGUCUGCAUUACCCAGAAGUCUUAUGUUCCACUCCCUGUCCAGCCGGUGCAUUUGGAUAAAAAGUCAAUCGUUAACACCGCACCUGACAGCUUGGUUUAUGGAAUGGAACGCCUCCUGAGACUCGCGACUGGACCACCUGCAAACUCAAAUCGAUAAAAAGGGCAAUCUUGAUCAUGACUGUGAAUUAAUGUUAUUUUGAUCGAGGAAUUAUAAUUUUAUCGACGAAUAGCUUAUUAGACAAUUGAAACGAAUCAGUGUAGGCUACGGAUGUUGUGAUAUAGGCUAUGCUAGCCCAGAAGAACCAUUCAGAACAGCUCAUGAAAAGCCUCGAGGACUGAAUUUCCAUUCUUUCUAUUUUUUUAUUAUCUGAGGACUGGACCGCCAUCUCAACGUAACCUAAUAGGCUAUUUAUGGCAGGGUCAUAAACCGUUGUCUUAGAGUUGUUACAGGGUUAUUAUUAUUAUUGUCGUUAUUAUUAUUAUUAUUAUUAUUUUUAUUAUAGGCAGGCUACUACUAUUAUUUUUAGCAUAUCCUAGGCUACAUCUAGCAUGAACGUUUCUCAUCAUGAAGUAGCCUAGCUGGCAUCGCUAUUCGCUCAUUUUGGUGACGGGAAUUGAAGAGAUGCUAUCGCUUGAAUCCACCCGGAUUACAUUGCACUUUAUUCCUGGCCAAAAAGCUAUGAGAAGCAAAAUAUUCUCAUAGGCAAUCAGAAGAAACGGCAUUUUAAUCGUUGUGCGUGUGUGAAUCCUGUAGCCUUGGUCUGAUGUUUUCUGGCAUUCGACAUCAUCGCCCAGCUGAAACAACACAGACCGCUGUGACAGUAGGAGCUCAUUGCUUCAUUGCUAAUGAAAGAUCAUCUUGGUGAACUCAACUUGAAUAUUGCAUACUUUGCUUAAUAACCUGCGAAAGAUGUAGCCUAUGAAUAGCGGAACUGCAUAGCAUAAUUGUUAUUACGCGUUUGUUCACAGGAUUAUAAGGCUACUGACGUAGCAGGCUACGCUACCUUUAUGGACUGUAUGCGGUGUCGUUUUGUUUUGACGUUAUUAAGCUUGUUUGUACGAGCCUGUGGUUAUAAUAUAGUAGAGCAAUAUCUAUUUGAUUUGUUAUCUCCUAAAAGAGGCAACUGAACAGAUGUCCAGGUAGUCUUUGCAAUUCCACUUACUUGAUCUUAGAAUGGACGAGUGCUUUUCUUAAAGACUACUAAGGACAUUACACAGGCUUACAUGGACUACAGGAUUUAGACGAGGAAGCAACAGUACACAUUAUUAGGGUGUUGUUUGACCAUUAUAAACUGGUUGAAGGAGUUCCGUUAUAGCCGAGAAUUAAUUUAUUUUAGUAGUCGAGAUUGAGACCAUGCAUGACAAAACAAGAACAAAAAUAAUAUGUUACUAGGCACAUAUAUAGGAGCACUUUGGUCUCACUGAUAAUGGCAAUCCAUGGUGCAUAGAUAAGGGUAUUUAUUUAAUGUUGAUUUAUCUCAGCCACCUUUAUGUUGUAGAGCCUUUGAGGAAGAGAAGGGUGCUUGGCAGCAUUCUUUAGGUCAGAGGACGCUGCUGUUAUAAAGUACAGUGUCAUUAAAGUGUGGAUUCUCUGAUGUUUCAGAUCAGACAAGAACACAGAGAUGAUGGUGAUCCCCCUAAGUUUGCAGCUCUUACUUGCCAUAACUGAAAUUCAGGGUAGUUUAGCUUCUCAGGAGACUCUAUGCAAGUGUCAUAAGUCAUUAAAGGAACUAUGUUAGAUUGUUGUGAAUGUGUAUCAAAGCCAAUAAUAUAAUAUCCCUUAUUUCAACUUUCAAAAUGUCACCCUGUGGCCCAGAUCAAGCCUUGUGUAUAUGAAGAGUUUGCAUCAGUUUCUAGGGAAGUGGUCCUAUGGACAGGAGGGAUACUGUUAGUAAAUGCCCUAGUCUUAUUGUUAGAUGUAUAUUCAGGAUGUCAGUUGGCUGAGAGGGGACGGUUUAAUGCUGCAGACGUCAUAAAUGGGGACACACAGACUGUGUGCAAUUAAAAACAUCAAGCAGCCAUCCAGCGUGGAAAAUUAUCUGACCGUCCUACAGGGGCUCUGUCCUUUGGCUCCCCUGUGAGUUUGUCAAGUGGGCUCUGCAUGGAUGGUUUGUGUGAGCUGAAAGAAGAAUUGCCCCGGCUGUUGAGACCCCACCGCUGACAACCGGUAGACAUGGAGCCCCAUACGAAUCUGAGUGGCAGUGGCGCCUCACUGCCCUGCGCCAGCUGCACCAGUUGCGGCGGGUGCUACAUCCCAACAACCUCCGCCUCAUCAGGUCCCCCACACAUGACUGAGCCCCCUGGCUUCGGUGACACGGAGAACGGAAACAGCUGGAACUCCUCCCUGGUUUCGUCCUCCAGCUCCCCGGACUCACACACCCACCCGCCCCCCGGAGGGGAUACCCCCUACUGGACUGCGGUGUUUGACUAUGAGGCCACAGCAGACGAGGAGCUCACACUGAGGCGUGGGGACUUGCUGGAGGUGCUCUCCAAGGAUGCCAAAGUGUCUGGAGAUGAGGGUUGGUGGACAGGCAAGAUUCAGGACAAAGUUGGCAUCUUCCCCAGCAACUAUGUGACACGGCGGAAUACCAGCUACCCCAAGCUGCCACCGGAGCGCUUGCUAGUCGGUGGAGAGUGUCCACUGGAAAUUGACUUUGCGGAGCUGUCCUUGGAGGAGGUGAUUGGCGCUGGUGGUUUUGGAAAAGUGUACAAAGGUGGUUGGCGUGGGGAAGAGGUGGCUGUGAAAGCAGCGAGGCAGGACCCGGAUGAGGACAUCAGUGUCACGGCGGAGAGCGUGAGGCAAGAGGCCCGUCUCUUUUGGAUACUGAAGCACCCCAACAUCAUCGCCCUGCGCGGGGUCUGCCUUCGGGAGCCCAAUCUCUGCCUGGUGAUGGAGUACGCCCGCGGGGGAGCUCUGAACCGGGCACUGGCCGGCAAGAAGGUGCCACCCAGGGUGCUGGUGAACUGGGCCGUUCAAAUUGCUACUGGGAUGGACUACCUGCACAAUCUCACAAUUGUUCCUGUCAUCCACCGAGACCUCAAGUCCAGCAACAUUCUGAUCUUGGAGCCAUUGGAGAGGGACGACCUAUGGGGAAAGACCCUGAAGAUCACCGACUUUGGUCUGGCACGUGAGUGGCAGCGCACCACCAAAAUGAGCGCUGCUGGUACCUACGCCUGGAUGGCACCGGAGGUCAUCAAGCUGUCUCUGUUCUCCAAAAGCAGUGAUGUCUGGAGUUUUGGAGUUCUGCUGUGGGAGUUGUUGACGGGGGAGGUUCCGUACCGGGAGAUUGACACGCUGGCCGUGGCCUAUGGUGUCGCUGUGAACAAGCUGACGCUUCCAAUCCCCUCCACCUGCCCUGAGGCCUUCGCACACCUGCUGGAGGAGUGUUGGAGCCAUAUCCCUCACAGUCGCCCGUCCUUCGGAAGCAUCCUGAAGUGCCUCCUGGCCAUCGAGCAGUCAGCCAUGUUCCAGAUGCCUCUGGAGUCUUUCCACUCGCUGCAGGAAGACUGGCGGCUGGAGAUCCAGCAGAUGUUUGAUGAACUCCGGGCAAAAGAAAAGGAGCUGCGCUCCUGGGAGGAGGCGCUGGCUCGGGCAGCGGAGGAGCAGCGAGAGCAAGAGGAGCAGCUCAAGAAGAGGGAGCAGGAGCUGGCCGAGCGCGAGAUCGACAUCGUGGAGAGGGAGCUCAACAUCAUCAUCCACCAGAUGUACCAGGAGAAGCCGCACGUUAAAAAGCGCAAGGGCCACUUCAAGAAGAGCCGCCUGCUCAAGCUGGGCCGCGACAGCAACUGCAUUAGCUUGCCCUCUGGAUUCGAGCACAAGAUCACUGUGCAGGCCUCACCGAGUGUGGACAAGCGAAAAAUGCAGGGGACCGAGACCACCACUCCUCCUGCCAGCCCUGGAGUAAUCCCUCGCCUCAGGGCUAUCCGCUUGACACCCUGUGACGGUAGGAAGACCUGGGGCCGCUCGGCUGUGUGUAAGGAGGAGGUGGUGAGCUGCAAGAAGAAGGGCAGGACCUGGGGCCCCAGCUCCACACACCAGAAAGAGAGAAUCGGGGGGGAAGACAGAUUGAAGUCCCUUGGCGAGGGAUGCAAGACCUGGUCCUCCAGUGCACCCAAUCUUGGGAAAUCCCCAAAGCACAUUCCUAUGACAGCUGGUUUUUCAAGCUUAAAUGAAAUGGAGGAGAACUCUGAGGACUCCUCUCCAUCCCAGCUGGAGGCCAGCAGUAAUGGCUCCACGGAGGGAGGGCGCUCCUGGAUGGGUGUGGGGUCGGCCGCCGGGGCGCACGCCGGCUCCCUCCACCGCUGCAGACACCACAAACACAGCAACCUGCUGCUGCUGGGCUGUGCCUCAGUCCUCGCCUCUGUGGGGCUGGGACAAGACCUCCUGCAUCUGGGACGCCUGCAGAUAAGUCAAGAUGAGCAGGAGGCCCGUGAGAAGAAGAAGGAGGGCCUGUUCCAGCGGCCCGGGCGUUUCCGCCGCAGCACCUCCCCGCCCAGCCACACCUCCCUCUCCCUGUCUCUCUCUCAGAGCCAUCACCACGACUCCUCUCUAGGUUGUCUGGACCCCUCCCCCUCUGUCACCCUCCUCUCCCUCUCCUCGCUCUCCGACUGCAACUCCACCAAGUCCCUGCUGCCCUCGGACCCCGACGACCCGCUGCUGCCCUCUCCCGCCCUGCCCGUGGCAUUGCCCACGGCGGCCCUCAACCCCCUGCUGGACCUGCGAGCCGAGAGCUUCAAGCGGGAGCCUAACCAGUCGCUCACGCCCACCCAUGUGUCGGCCGCCAUGACCUUGAGCCGCAAGCACCGCCGCACCCCGUCAGACAGCGCUAUCGGGAUGAGGUUUCAGCCAGUGGCGGUUCACCGGCGUACUCCCUCCGAUGGCAGCGUGUACAUUCCCCCCGUGCAGGCACUCGGCACCGCACCACGCCCAGGUUCCUGUGACACUUUGACUAUCCCCCAUUUACCUGACCCAUCCAGCCUACUCCCGUUAGUGCCUCGCCGCAAACCUCCGACUCUGGCGUCUGCUCCGCCGGCAGCCCACCACGAGAGCCUGGCAGGCACACACACGCCGGAGAGACCCACCACGCUGGAGUUCGUGUCGAGACCCAGACCCACGGCGCUGCUGCGGUCCCGCCAGGAUCCCUGGAAGCUGGCGUCGUUCUCGCGGACCCUAAGCCAGUCUCCUGGCAGCAGCAGCGACAGCCUCCUGGGCUCCGGGGACAGCAGCGUAUGCACUGCGCCGCAGACGCUCCUAGACAUGGACACGGAGGGGCAGCACCAGGACAGCACCCUGCCCCUCUGCAGUCAGCACCCUCCCCCUUCUCUCUGUGGACAGCACUUCUCCUAGAGCCCCAGCCCCCCCCCCCCCCCCCCCCCCACAC